CGUCAUCGGUAGGGCGACAGGAAGUUCGCCGUUUUCAGCUAAAGGUCGUGUUUGUUUGUGUUGCUGCGAGUUAGGGUUAACUAAGCUUUCCAUAUAAAUAAUCAUGUCGACUGCUAUGAACUUUGGAAGUAAGUCCUUUCGGCCUCGUGCCCCAGACAAAGGAUCUUUUCCUCUGGAUCACUUUGGAGAGUGUAAAGCCUUCAAAGACAAGUUCAUGAGGUGUUUGAGAGACAACAGCUUCGAUAACUCCAAAUGUAGGCUCCAGUCGAAAGACUAUCUAGGGUGCAGGAUGGACAAUCAGCUGAUGGCUCGGGAGUCUAUGGAGAGACUUGGCUUUAAGGACGUGAUGGAUCCUCCCAUCCAGGACAAGGAGGCUAAACCAUGAACUACAGACUGGGACAAUUAGACACAGACCCUGAGAUGUUGAAGAGUGACAGUGACUUUUGAAAGUGAAGCCUAUUGGACACCAUGUACAUACAAUUUAAUUGUAAUGUUUUGUUUAUAAAUAUUUUGGUUAUUUAAAGUA